AUGUACAAUCGUUCCUACUCUUCAUCGUCGUCGUCUUCAUCGUCUUCGUCGACGUCGUCGGCAUUAUCCUUUCCCACUUCCCUAUUCGCGCUAGGGUUCAUCUUGACGAUGAGGCUGGGUGCUUGGCUCGUGGGUGCACUCACCAUCCUUGUCACGCUCUUUACCGCAGAUGUAUUGGCUUCUCAAAAUGAAGACCCAUUUCUGAAGCUUGCGCAGCGCUCUCCUGAUGGCGUGUUGAAACUCAACCCUGCACUUUUCAGGGAUUUGAUGACAUCGAAACGCGACUACGACGUGUUCAUUCUAUACACAGCCCUGGGUGCUCGAUUCCGAUGUGUUGCUUGCCAAAUGGUCGACCAACCAUUUAGCGAAGUGGCUCGUGGUGUCAAGGCCAGCAAACAUCGUAACAAACUAUUGAUGGCCAAGGCUGAUGCCGAAGAAAACGUUGAUAUUUUCCGAAUGGGCUUCAACUCGGACGACAUUGCAGAGUACCUGGGUGGCAAGCUCAAUGUGAAAAUUAAGCCCAAGACUGCUCUGUUCACACCGCUUAAUAUGUUUUACGCAUUCUCGAGUAUCGUUAGCGUGGGCGCAUUUUCUUAUGUCGGCACUCAGUUUUCUUUGGAAAACGGGCUCCGCUCUGUCGCCAUGGUUUUGGCCAUCGGUCUUGUGUUCAUGUUCACAUCUGGUUAUAUGUGGACUCGUAUCCGCUCAGCGCCUUUUGUAUUGCAGGGGGCUUCUGGUCCGAAACUAUUUGCAGAUGGUUUCCAGAGUCAGACUGGCAUCGAGUCGUCAUUGCUGAUCGCGACUUACGCCGGGCUUACUCUAAGCUUGAUCUUUUUGAUCAUCAUCGGCCCAUCUAUCAAAAGCCCGAUGCUGCAGCGACUUGUGGUUCUUCUUGGUCUCUUCGGUUUUCUCGCGCUUUUCAGCCUGAUGAUCAAGUUCUUUACGUUCAAGAAGUAUGUACAGACAGCACUGACAACAGCGGCGCCUAUCCUUACCGUCUAUUCCUCUAGCAUACCUAGAUAG